AUGAUUUUCAUGUAUUUACUGUUCCUCUGCUGUUUGUCUCCCUGCGCCGCAGAUCUAUGCAACUGGAGUGGAAGGUGAGGAAUUGUAUUUAUUUCUGUGGAUUAUAGAUAUUUUCGUUUUAUUUCAUUGUUCAUUAAUAAUGCUUUUUUUUGUAGUCAGAACUUCAAACCGGUAUUUGACUUUGGGAUCGCGUUUAGCCUUUCUAAAAACGUUGUUGUCUAAAUAUUUAUAAUUAUUAUCUGUUUAUACCAAUAUCCUAAUUGUUUUCUAUCAAAAUGGGCUUUGUCAAAAUAAUAAAAUACAAUUACGCUAUUUUUAACACUUGGAUUGAGUAGGGGAAAAUAAUAUACCUAUUCUCUGUGAGUAUAGGCUGAUCUCUCUCGUCUUACAUUAUUUUCUGACCUGCAUUGGUUUCUGAGUGAGUGUGCCCAUUUGAACCCUUCUCCUUGUUCUUGGAUUGCAGUGGCUUGGCGCGUGAGGCUGAGGCGAACUCGCGGACUGUGCAGCAGGUGCGGCUGCGUUGCACCGAGGGUUCGGUGGAGUGGGUCUACCCGGGCCAGGCGCUUCGGGUCGUCCUGGAACCCAACCUGUCCUCUGCGCGCCACACAACGGUCUGUAUCAAACCGUUCCGCAGCUUCCACGGCGCCAGCGUCUACAUUGAGCGGGCUGGGGAACUGGACCUGUUAAUGACGGACGGAGGGCGGCCAGAGCAGGUGUUCUGUUUCCCGGUGGACGGACCUCAGAAGCCAGCCAUCUUCCUCCUGGCGAACCCGCAGAGUGAUAUCAGCCGACGGGCAGUAGGCUUCAGAUAUGAGCUGCUGGGCAUUCGGACCACUGCGCCCAACCUCGGCCAAAGUGUGUUGCAGUGUGAGUAUUUGGCAGUGUUGGAAAAAUUACCCAAUUGUCAUAGUUUAAUAAAAGUAAAUAUUCCUUAAUAGAAAAUGACCCAAGUAAAAGUGAAAGUCACCCAGUAAAAUAUUACUUGAGUAAAAAUGUACAAGUAUUUGGUUUUAAAUAUACUUAAGUAUCAAAAGUAAAUGUAAUUGCAAAAAUAUACUUAUACUUAAGUAUCAAAAGUAAACUAAAAGUAAAAAUCAUUUCAAAUUGCAAUAAGCAAACCAGACGGCACAAUUGUAUUUAUAUUUUUUAUUUAUCGCUAGCCAGGGGCACACUACAACACGCAGAUAUGAUUUACAAACGAAGCAUUUGUGUUUAGUGAGUCUGCCAGAUCAGAGGCAGUAGGCAUGACCAUGGAUAAGUGCGUGAAUUGGACCAUUUUACUGUCCUGCUUAACAUUCAAAAUGUAACGAGUACUUUGGGGUGUCAGGGAAAAUGUAUGGAGUUAAAAGUACAUUAUUUUAUUUAGGAAAGUAGCGAAUUAAAAGUUGUCAAAAAUAUCAAUAGUAAAAUAAAGUACAGAUACCACAAAAAAACUACUUAAGUAGUAGGCUACUUUAAAGUAUUUCUACUUAAGUACUUUACACCACUGGCAUUUGGAGAUAAUAAGAGUUCUCUAUUUGUAUGCCAUGGUAAUAAGAUAUUUAUUUGACACUAUUGUUGAAGUUGCAAUCCCAAUUGUAAAUAGACCUAAUAAUUUAUUGAUAUGAAAAAAUAAUGUAUGUUUUGUCAGUUGUAUUGGUGUCAAAAAAUAACAUUGGAGUCCAGAAUGAAAGUGAUCAACAAGUAUCCUUAAUGCUGAUCAUCAUACCUUCAGUUAUUUUUAAGUGGUUUUUACUUUAGACCCAUAUUCUUCUUGGCCAUCAUUUAACCAUUUCCAAGCAAGUGCAUCAAUAAUAAAACACUGAUACAUUCUAACUUAAUCAUAGAAGACAAUAAACUCCUAGCAUCACAGCACAUGGCACAAGACAUGAGCUCAUUCACUGUGUGGGUGGAAGGGUGUGCUGGGGAGACUGAGGGACAGUUUGGGGCACAAAGAAAUCAGUCAAUUAUCCAAUUAAAGACCAAACCCAAUCUUGCCUGUUCUAGGAAGCACCUGCUGGCCGCUCUGUUGUUUUGUCUGGUGGUAUCAUGUCCACCGGAGGGACAAAACCAGGAAGCAGGAACCAGGUUGGCUGAGGGCCAUUGGCCCCCGGGUAUCUCAAUGGAGAGACCAAAUACUUGUCGGAUUCUGCAGAUGCCUCAUCUCUCUCUCUCUCUCUCUCUCUCUCUCUCUCUCUCUCUCUCUCUCUCUCUCUCUCUGUCUCUGUGUCUGUCUCUGUCUCUGUCUCUCUCUCUCUUUGUGUGUGUGUGGGCCUGUCUCAAUGGGGUGAUGUCUGUCUGGGUCUUUCUCUCCUAAUAUUGACAAGAGUGGAGGGGUUCAGUGGAGAAUACCAGUGACUGGGGUCACCAGUCUGGGGUCAUUCAAUUAGACCGCUAUACAAUAGAAGUCAAAUAUGGAGGUCGAGACUCAUCAAUGCUUUUGAUCUGUGUGGGUAGUGCUAGUAUGGUGGAGGAGAUGUGAAUGGAGUAGAGAGUCACAUGCCAGACAUUCCUCCAUCUGACCCCUUGGCUUGUUGUCUGGAUGAACUGAGGAGGAAUGGAGGGAUGGAUGGAUGGAUGGAGCUGCUGGUAUGUGUGUGUCAAUGGAGUGGCAAGCUGUCUAUAAUCCUCAUCCAUCAAUCAGUUGUCUCAAGCCCAGCCAUCAACUAGGGCGUUGGGUGUGGUCUGAAGUGUUCAAAGUGGGUUCAUCAAGGGUUCUUCUAAGAUCCUCAAAGUUCUUAGAAGAACCUUAGGGUUCUUGGCACUGAAAAUGGCCCCCGAAUGUUUCUUCCAAGAACCCCAUUGGAGGUGGGGUUCAUUGAGGAACUUGCAGGAACCUAACUGCCCAACUGAAACAUUUGGAUUUGAAAGGACAGCAGGUGCAGGCACUUAACUGAAAAAUGUAAAGAACUCCUCAAUUUAAGGUAAGGUUUGUCCCUUGUAUGAUCUAAGUUGAUAUUGUUUCAUGAUGAUACCAUCUAUCUUUCAUAUUUGUGCAAAUCUUUCUAAAACAGAAAAUGGACACAAUUCAAUGGAUAUCAAUCAAAUCAAAUCAAAUUUUAUUGGCCAGAUGCGCCGAAUACAACAGGUGCAGACAUUACAGUGAAAUGCUUACUUACAGCCCUUAACCAACAGUGCAUUUAUUUUAAAUAAAAAAGUAGAAUAAAACAACAAAAAAGUGUUGAGAAAAAAAGAGCAGAAGUAAAAUAAAAUAACAGUAGGGAGGCUAUAUAUACAGGGGGGUACCGGUGCAGAGUCAAUGUGCGGGGGCACCGGCUAGUUGAGGUAGUUGAAGUAAUAUGUACAUGUGGGUAGAGUUAAAGUGACUAUGCAUAAAUAAUUAACAGAGUAGCAGCAGCGUAAAAAGAUGGGGUGGGGUGGGGGGGGGGGGGGGGGGCAGUGCAAAUAGUCCGGGUAGCCAUGAUUAGCUGUUCAGGAGUCUUAUGGUUUGGGGGUAGAAGCUGUUGAGAAGUCUUUUGUACCUAGACUUGGCACUCCGGUCCCGCUUGCCGUGCGGUAGCAGAGAGAACAGUCUAUGACUAGGGUGGCUGGAGUCUUUGACAAUUUUGAGGGCCUUCCUCUGACACCGCCUGGUAUAGAGGUCCUGGAUGGCAGGAAGCUUGGCCCCAGUGAUGUACUGGGCCGUACGCACUACCCUCUAUAGUGCCUUGCGGUCGGAGGCCAAGCAGUUGCCAUACCAGGCGGUGAUGCAACCAGUCAGGAUGCUCUCGAUGGUGCAGCUGUAGAAUAUUUUGAGGAUCUGAGGACCCAUGCCAAAUCUUUUCAGUCUCCAAUCAACAAAGAGGUAAGAAUAUGUAGGCUAUAAGAAUAUGUUGAAAGCUAGCUGUAUUGGGUGCAGAUGACUGAACUGCUCACUUUUGUGUCUGUGUCUGCAGGUAUACAGAUAAGGAGGCAUACAAAGGUAUGUCAAUUGGUAUUGGUAUGUAAUGCAGAUCACAUUUACCAUCCUCCACCAUCCUCCACCUAUACCUCUUCAAUGAAUAUCCCAUAGGCCUCUACAUUAUGGAUAAGGUACGUGUAUGAAAACCAUUAUCAAAACAGUUUUCUUCAUUCACAUUCACCACAAAAACCAAGGAAUGAAUACUGUCUUGUGCAUGUUUUGUUAAUGAUCUGUAUAAUUAAAACAUUUUGGAUUCACAGACUUCACCCUCCCUACACCUCUGAUGAAUAUAACAGGAAACCUGUUCAAUCACCAUGCACUGCAAAAUCAUUCUGGCUAUGGAUACGGAGAACAUCAACACAUUAACAUCAACACGGCAGAGGAUAUAUGCAUUGGACUUGGGGCUCUGCUGGGAGUUUACCUCAUAUUUUGAUUUUUUUAUUCUGCUAUGCCACUAAAAUCAUAAUAAACACUGAGAACUAAAAUAUUGUGUUAUUGUUAUGCGUAUUAUUAUAAUAAUAAUAAUUAUUAUUAUUAAUAAUAGGGGGGGGGGGGGGGGGGGGAGUAAAACAAUUCACCCCAAAAUAUUAUUCAAAAGGUUAUUUGAGGAUCCAUUAAAAGGGGUUCUUUGAACGGUUCUUCAAAUAACUUAUAGAGGUUCCCCCACAGUUUCAAUUUGAAGAACCCCUAAAGGAUACUCCAGGAAACUUUUAUUUUUAGAGUAUAAGGUGUUGGGUGUGAUCUGAAGUGUUCAAAGUACACCCUCACAGUAGGGCAUUGGGUGUGGGGGGAGAGAGAGAGAGAGAGAGAGAAUAAUUGGAGAGAAAGAGAGAGAGUGGUGAGAAGACAAGUGAAGUGAAAGGAUGUGCAUUGGUGCUCCACAGGGUGAUGUGUGCCCCUUUCCUCUGCAUAGACCCACACUCUUUCUCUAAACUUCUCUCUCUCUCCUCCCACAGCUAGCUGCCGUCCCUGCAAUGACACAGAGCUCCUCCUGGCCAUCUGCAGCAGUGACUUUGGUAUGUAUCAAUAGAACAUAAAUACUGAAUAAUUGUUCUUAUUUACAAAUCUAGACUCUAUAUCAAACACGUAUGAAACAUUUAUAAAAACGGUAAACAGCUAUAGCUUUUGACUCCUUGUGUCCUAACUCCUUAGUUCUCCAUAGAUCCAUGUAGCCCAAUCUGUCCCCUCAUCUGCUGGGUAUCACCACUAAUUUAUGCUACAAAGGUCUGGGGUGGAGUGAGUGAGUGGGUGUUGGAAAGGAGAUUUUGGGUCUGUGUGGAGGGAUGGGUUGGGGUUGGGGUUGGGGUUGGGGUUGGGGGGGCUAGUGGGCCUGAUCUGUUCCCAGAAAGCAGCUUUCAUAGCUGGGCAGAGGGGCCUGACAGAUGUGGGUGCUGAGGCUGCACAAUGGCAGACACGUUGGCUUAAGGCUGCAACAGAGCAGAAGCAAUAGUACCAUUGAGUCCACUCCAUUUAUAGGCUGACUCCCGUGCCCUGAUCUCACAAAUCACCAUCAUUGACUUUUUGAUGAGAGAAAAUAGCUGGCUAAUGAAAGUGUAAAUGGCCACGGAGAGUGAAAGGAGGGAAUGGAGGGAUUUCUGUGCAGUGAUAAUAAAGGAGUGGGGGAUGUGGAGACAGAGAGGAGUGAGAGGGAGUGGGGGAUGUGGAGACAGAGAGGAGUGAGAGGGAGUGGGGGAUGUGGAGACAGAGAGGAGUGAGAGGGAGUGGGGGAUGUGGAGACAGAGAGGAGGGAGAGGGAGUGGGGGAUGUGGAGACAGAGAGGAGUGAGAGGGAGUGGGGGAUGUGGAGACAGAGAGGAGUGAGAGGGAGUGGGGGAUGUGGAGACAGAGAGGAGUGAGAGGGAGUGGGGGGUGUGGAGACAGAGAGGAGUGAGAGGGAGUGAGGGAUGUGGAGACAGAGAGGAGUGAGAGGGAGUGAGGGAUGUGGAGACAGAGAGGAGUGAGAGGGAGUGAGGGAUGUGGAGACAGAGAGGAGUGAGAGGGGUGGGGGAUGUGGAGACAGAGAGGAGUGAGAGGGAGUGAGGGAUGUGGAGACAGAGAGGAGUGAGAGGGAGUGGGGGAUGUGGAGACAGAGAGGAGUGAGAGGGAGUGAGGGAUGUGGAGACAGAGAGGAGUGAGAGGGAGUAGGGGAUGUGGAGACAGAGAGGAGUGAGAGGGAGUGGGGGAUGUGGAGACAGAGAGGAGUGAGAGGGAGUGAGGGAUGUGGAGACAGAGAGGAGUGAGAGGGAGUGAGGGAUGUGGAGACAGAGAGGAGUGAGAGGGAUUGAGGGAUGUGGAGACAGAGAGGAGUGAGAGGGAGUGGGGGAUGUGGAGACAGAGAGGAGUGAGAGGGAGUGAGGGAUGUGGAGACAGAGAGGAGUGAGAGGGAGUGAGGGAUGUGGAGACAGAGAGGAGUGAGAGGGAGUGAGGGAUGUGGAGACAGAGAGGAGUGAGAGGGAGUGGGGGAUGUGGAGACAGAGAGGAGUGAGAGGGAGUGGGGGAUGUGGAGACAGAGAGGAGUUUUUGGAGGGAAGAUUUGAAUCCCUUUUCCACUCAUACUCACACAGCAAGAUCCUGUUCACUUUAUAAUUUCCCUCUUUGCCACUUUAAAAAAAACACGUUAUUGAAAUGCACACAAUAAUUUAGAUCAGUAGAAUCAUACUGUAUUGGUGGCUGUUUAAUUGAUACAUUUCUCAUCUUUCUGUUUAUAUAAUUGGUUUUCAUUACAAUAAAACAUAAGGUUUAUUAACAUAACCAUAAAUUAUUAGGCUAACUGAAAACAGUCUCUAAUGUUAGUCCCCUCCUCUGCCCCUCCAGUGGUUCGCGGAUCCAUCAGGAACGUAUCCCACAAUGCUGAGCGGCAGACAUCAUUGGUGGAGGUCUCAGAGGGGAGGGUGUACCGGCAGCGUAGCGGGGUGUUCGAGCGCCACAACCGGCACCAUAGGGGUUCCCGGUUCCAGUUCCACCUGGCACGGUCACAUCCACACACUGUUACAGUGUCACGUAAAGCCUGGGGGCGGAGAGUUCCUCUUCACAGGGACAGAACACUUUGGGGAGGCCUGGCUGGGCUGUGCCCCCCGCUACAAAGACUUCCUGUCCCUCUACCAAUCAGCUUGGGCGGCUCGUCAGAACCCCUGUGAGUUCCCGCUGGACUGA